CGCCCGGGCGCGAAGCCGCCGGACACCGCCGCAUAAAAGCGGCGGCGGUGCCGCGCUGCGCCUCCUCGGCUCGGCCCGGCUCGGAGCCGCCCCGACGGCCGUAUGACCGCCGAGAGCCAGCUGCCGCCGGGCCCCCCGCCGCCGCCACUGCCACUGAAGGUGGACGCGGCGCCGCCGGGGGAGGAGGCGGCGGCGGCGGCGGGGGCGCGGGGCGGGCGGCGGCGGCGCAAACGGCCGGCGGAGCGGGGCAAGCCGCCCUACAGCUACAUCGCCCUGAUCGCCAUGGCCAUCGGGCAGGCGCCCGAGCGGCGGUUGACGCUGGGCGGCAUCUACCGCUUCAUCACCGAGCGCUUCCCCUUCUACCGCGACAGCCCCCGCAAGUGGCAGAACAGCAUCCGCCACAACCUCACCCUCAACGACUGCUUCGUCAAGGUGCCGCGGGAGCCCGGCCGCCCCGGCAAGGGCAAUUACUGGACGCUGGACCCCCACGCCCGCGACAUGUUCGAGAGCGGCUCCUUCCUCCGCCGCAGGAAACGCUUCAAGCGCAGCGACCUCUCCACCUACCCGGCCUUCCUCGCCGAGCGCCCCGCCGCGCCCUGCCGCUUCUUCCCGCUGCCUGCCCCGCCACCCGCCGCCGACCUGCCCCCGGCCCCCGCCGCCGCCUCUUGUGCCUUCGCCGCCGCCGCCUUCCCCGCGCAGGGCUGCGCUGCCGCCGCCCUACAGCACACCUACAGCCCCCUGCCCUCUGCCCACGGGCCCUACGCGCCGGGCGGCCCGGGGCAGCUGUACGCGCCGUCGGGGCGCAUCGUGCUGCCCGCCUCGCCGCCCGCCCCGCCGGCCGCCCCCGCCGGGCUCUACGGCCGCCACUCCCCCGCGCCCUACCCGCCGCUGCCUCACACCUACGGAGCCGGGGGGCAGCUGAGCGCCGCCGACCCCGGGCCGCGGCACGGCACGUACCCCGGCGGCCCGGAUAGGUUCGUCCCGGCGCUCUGACCCAGCCCGGGCGAGACCGGGCGGCCCUACGGCGCGGACCGGAGCCCGGGAGAGAGGCGCGCUGCGGUGUUCGCCUGGUGCCGCUGAAUCGGGGACUGCCCAGGAAGAUGCUAGAGGACCUUGGGCUGCAUCUCCACCACCUGUCCGGGGCUCCUGGUGAGGAGCACUGCCGCCAGUCGUGGGGGACUGCCCAGCCCGGUCCAGUCUAGCCAGAGAAGCCCUGGGGACUCCCAAGUGCCUGGAUGGGGCAAACAGCCCUUUCCUCUUCUACUGCCUUUCCUGGGACAAGUGCUCGAAGCUUCCUGGCAUGCUUGCCCCCUCCUGGUGCACCAACCGGGCCCCUGGUCUAUCUGGGAAGACCUCACUUGUAAAAAUCUCUCCGCCGAUGAUUUUAUUUGCAGAACAAAAAGUCUGCUGGGAUGAGGGAGGGAGGAGGCAAGGGGAAGCAUUCCCCAGCAUCUUGCAGCCAAAGCUCUAAAAGUGGGAUGCGUAGCACUAAUGUGGUGGCAUGUCCCUGAUGUUGUGCAGGGCUACCACAUGAGUGCCAGACUUUGCACCAACGCCAACGUGGUCAGGGCUGUGAAAGGUUUGGAUGUUGGGGUUGCAGCAAAUUGGAUUCUUCUAGGGGUCAUGCUGUGUGCUGCAGAGGUGGGAGAAUGGUGGGAUUGGAAGUAUAAAGACUUUUGCCACAAGCAUGCUCAGCCCCUGGAAGAGGGACCCAGUGAGGCCAUGGGAUCUCUGCCCAUGGAGGUCUUCCUAGCUGUAUUGGACAGAACCUAGUGACCUUAUCUGGCUUUGGGGUUGGAUCCCACAUUUAAUUUGGACCUGUUCUGAGUGGAGACCUGGUCCAGAGAUCCAUGGAGGUCCUUACGUCUGAAAUUACUUUGAUCCUAAGUUCCACCCAGCUCUGUCUAUAGCAUAGAGAAAUCAGCAUGUAUGGAUGAAAACUUUCCUUCCUGAAACAAGUGAAAGAGGCAGGACAUGGUGCCUUUUCAUCUUCGAUUGCUCCCCUUUCAAGCUUUCCUAGGAUGGAGAAAAGGCUGAAGGAAAAUUUGCAGAGGGGACAACUGAUAGGAACAGCCAUGAAAGGCGAAGGCUUGAAAAUGGAUCCAUGGGGAAGCUCAAGGAAAUCCAUCCCAAAAGAUCCCACCACCCUUAGAAGGGGCCCAGGAAGCUGGUAGAUGCCCAGGGCUCUGCCUGGGACUGCGAGCAGACGUGGAGCAGAUGUAGCCCUGCCAUUCUCCAGAUCUCCUCACCUAGCUCCUUUUUUCCUGUAUAGGUUGGAGCCAGUGUGACCAGGGCCAGAAGGAGGUUGGUGAGGGGUACUGCAGCCUGGUGGGGCCUUGAACGCCGAGAGGUAGGUGGAAAGUGCAGCUAGAACCUCAGAAGGAGUUUUAGAAGAGCAGAGAGGAUGCGCGUACACCAGGGUCCGCACCACAGAAGGGUGCAGAUCAUAGUAUAACUCAGGUGGGAAGAGACCUUGGGAAGUUUCUGUUCUGACCUUGUGCUCAAAGCAGAGUCAGCUAUGAGUCAGACCAGGUUGCUCUGGGCUACCUAUUUGAGUAUUAACAACCUCCAAGGAUGGAGACAUCACAGUCUCUUUUGGCAACUUGACUAUCCUCAUGGGGAGAAAGUUUCCUUGUAUCCAUUCAGUGCCUCUCUAGCCUCAUUUCAUGUCUGUUGUCUCUUGUCCUGCUGCUGUGCUCUGCUGAAAAGAGCUCUGAUCCCAUGAAAACACCUGUACCUUCUGAUCCAUGGAAGACUUUUCAGAUAGAGUCCUCAGCAGGAUAGUAUUUGUGUAGAUGUAGGUUCCAUGCCCUCUUUGGGUGCUAAGGUCCAGGUAUUCGAGUGAGACAUGAAAGGGAGAAAAUGGAGUGGAGCAGGAAGGUGGUUGGGUGUCCCCAUAGCAUGGUUUGGGGUGGAGGAGGCUCAAGCCUUCUGCAGUAGGUGGACAGGGGAUGUUGUAUGUCUGCUUUCCAUGUGGCUCUGAGGUAGGAGGUGAGUGUUGGAUUCAAGGCACCCAUCCCUCUCUCAGGGUGGUCAGGAUAGCAUGUGAUGGGUGAGCCACCUCAUGGAUUGGGAGGCUGGGCCUGGUACUGCUGCCACUUGUCCAUGAGGACUUUUUUGUGGUACUGCAGGGAGCUCUGCUGCCUGUACACAGAGCUGGGGAGAUUGCAUUGCUGUCAAUAGGGGCACAGGUGGUGAGUGGAGACCUCAUACACGUCUGUUUGGUGCUGAGGUGAAUCAGAUUUUUCCCUUCUUUGCUUUCCCCCCUGAAGAGCUGCAUUGUCUCUUUCAAUGUCCUUCCCAGUCCCAGCAUGUCUAGAAACUGCUUCCACCCUGGAGAGAGCAGAGUCCUGCUGCUGUGGCUUGGCUGCCCCAGCCCAAGGCAGGUCUGUUUGGCAGCUGCACUAGCUCCUCUCCCAACUUCUUCUUUCACCAGCUGCAAGAGAGGCUGUAGGCCUGCUGUGUCAGCUCUUUUGACUGAUGCCUGCUGGCCCUGCUUUCAUCGCUUGCAAAGACUGGACUGUGUCCCUUUGCUAGCAAGUCAUGCUGACCUCUUUCAGGUGUGGGGGCAGCUGGGAGAGGAAUUUUCCUGCCUCUUAAUGCCUUCCUUCAUUCCUGUAGGAGCAGUUAUCAAUGUGGACUGGAUCAUUUUCCUGAGCCUAAAAGCCUCCUGGCCCUUGUUCCUCUUACUUCAACCUGGUCUUAUUCUCUGCUCCAGCUCUGGUGCUGGUCUAAAUUUCAGUCUGAAAGAAACAGAUACCAGUGAUGAUAUAUGUCUUGUGUAAGCUGCUCCUGACCUCAGAUAGCAUUUGCAGCAAGUUCAGGAAGCAAAACUCAGUGGCUGGAGGAAAUGCGUGAUAGAUCUUGAUGACUCAGAAAGCAGAAAUUGAGAAGGUUCACUUGUGUUUUGUUUGCAGAUAAGGUCUAGAUGCUUAUUCUUAUUUCUCUUCAGAUCUUUUAUACCUACAAACUAGGGAAACUAGACAUACCUAUGUAGUAGAUGUUCUGCAGCAGGUGCAGUGCUGAGCCUGCUGCGUCAAGGACCUGAGACACAUGGCCAUGAACUGCUUAAAUUUGAGCCACAAGCAGCGGUAAAUGCUGGGCAGGAGCUUUGUUUUCAGUGAAGAGCUACAUGGACCCUUGAGGGGAUGCUACUUUCAUUCCAGGUCUGUCCAGGCUCUACCUUAUGGCAGCAGGACGUGCUGACCCUGUGCAUGUGGCUAUGUGUCUCAAGCGAUUGUGUGACCACUAUCAGAGGAAGAUACAGUUGUCCCAUCCCUAGGGAGCUGUGGGGUUGGGCCUGUGUGUGAGGAUAUGGGGAUAUGCCAUGGGGAUAUGUUAGACAACUGGAUCCCAAUGCGUGCUUGUGCCAUGGGGAUAUGUUAAACAUUUGUAUCUCAAUGUAUUUUUGGCUGGCACUUUGCUUGUAAUUCUCAAGCACUGUCCAUACCAAGGAAAAUUUUGAUUGCUGGAAGCUUUAUUGUAAAUAUAUGAGGGCCUUCCUUUUAGCAAAGCUAGUCUAAAGUUCAAACUAGUCUUUUGAUUUCUUGGAGAUCAAUCCAAUAGGUUUGGGUUAUAACCCUGUAGGAAACACUAAGUGUAAGCACUGAUGAGAAGAGAGAAGGGCCUUGAAAGUGCUCAUUCCUCAAAAGACAGAGUCUCUUGGUUCCUGUUCUGCCUGAGUUCUGGAAUGGUCAUGCCCUGUGAUGACUUUGGGAAAGAGCUGGGAUUAUUACAGCCUAGGAGAACAUUUUGUUAUGUAUUGGAGAUUUUUUGUAUUUACUCUUGUACUUUCCUUGUAAUGGAAAUAAAUAUUUGUCCUGUUGUUUGUAA